AUGAUAGCACGCGCCAUGUCGGACGACGAAGCCGAUCCCGAGCUCCUGGCCCUUCUUCGCAAAUCACUUGGAUUAGAUGGGGGCCCUGCCAAUCCGCGGACAGCGGAGACGAAAGUCCUCGAAAAUGCGCAAUUCGUUUUCGAUAAUGCCAUUGACGUCGCCCUGAGUCCGGCGAAGGUUAAGGAGGCGGCGGAGACAAUAUGGCGUCUGAUGCAGAAGAAGAACUACUCAACCGACACAUGGGCAGAUCACGAGUUACACCCCAAGGCGAAAGAUGGGAGCACAGUUGACUUCAUAUUCACGAUGGAUCUUUUGAACUUCAGCUUCUGGUCGGACCAAACAGAACCGUCCAAGCGAUUUUGCAUUGAGUAUCGGGGGAAAAAGUGGACAGGCUACUGGAGUCUGGUAGCCGCAUUGCAAAGAGCUUUAGAUGAGGGGAUUCAGAUCACCACACCAGAAUUCUGGAUCAAUGAGGAGGAAUGCACAGACGCUCUUUUCAGACAUGUUUUUAGAUCAGCGAGUGAGGAGAAGAUUCCACUGCUAGAUGAACGUCUCCAGUGCCUUCGUGAAGCAGGCAGGGUCCUUUGCUCUGAUUUCGACGGCAGCUUCGUGAACUGCAUUUAUAGUGCCAAUUAUUCGGCCGCAGCUCUUGUCAAUCUUCUUGUAGAAAGCUUUCCCUGCUUUCGAGACGAGACAGUUUUCCAAGGCCGGCGAGUACGAUUAUACAAACGCGCACAGAUUCUCGUGGCAGACCUCUGGGCAUGUUUCAAUGGAGAAAGUUACGGAGAAUUUCACGAUAUUGACAAAAUCACCAUGUUUGCCGAGAGUCAUAUCAGGAGCAAAAAGCUGAUUCCCAGUGGCUCCAACUGGGAAAUUGAGUUGCGGGCAACCAGCAUCUGGUGCGUCGAGUUGAUUCGGCGUGAAAUUGAACGCCAACACCCCGAAGUGAAGAAGCAGAAAUUAUCAAAAGGKGCAUCAGCUCAAAGCCCAGAAAAUGGAGCCACUUCAUUCGAAAACGAGACAAAUCCUGCCGCGCAAAAGCACAUCCGACAGAACAGUACCCACGAUGCAUCCGGCUUGGGGAUCAAUGCUAUCUUGAUCGACUUCUUCUUGUAUGAUACAGCAAAAGAGUUGGAGAGGGACGGCCGCGAGACCAUUCCGCAUCACAGGACGAGAAGCAUUUGGUAUUAG